AUGGCUGCCACCACGAUACCUCCUGAGCGAGGGAAAGUCGGUCAUUCCGUGUCCUACGCCUACAUGUAUGGCGAUGCGGGCGCCAAAGAAAACAUGAGCCUUGGUAUUUCGCGUCGUCCAUCUACGCAGCGCCAGGCACCAGGCAUUCCUCGCUCUGCGGGAUUCGACAGUCUACAAGACUUGUUAGAGCGCGAAGGGUACAAAGACACUCGCAUUAUCACGCCCAAGAUACCCAAGGCCAUCAGCAUUGAUGAUGCAGACGACAUGGGCCUCGUUUCAGAUGAGCCAACACGGCACAAGGCAAGGCCUAUGCAUGGAUCCUACCUGCCCAAGAAGCCAGACGAUAUCGAGCCAUGGAUGCAUCAGGUGACGGCCUCCGCGCAAGGUCCACCGCCGCCCCGUCUGCGUACGUCACGGAGUGAUCAUACCUUGAAGAAGCGGCCUCGGCGACGCCAAAGCACCAUUUGGGAUGCGAGUGUGGCAUACCUUCACUCAGCGGGACAAGAAAUGCCGUCGGUGCCACCCCCUGUCCCGCCCAUUCCGCCGCAGUACAAGUCCCGGCCUGGUGUGGCGGGUGGGCCGCCGGGUGAAUCGGCCCCUGGCUUUGCAUCAUCACCUGCCGCACCAGUGCUCUCUCGCGAAGAUGCAGUUGUGCAUGUGUACGAAACAGAUUCGACGGUGCUGCCUCGUGGACUGCGUCGCUCCAAAAGUGAAGACUUGCUGCACAAGACACUCAAGUCGCGGCGCACGCAGCGCCUUGAUGCACCGCCGGAAUGUACGUGCGGCCACACACGUUCCAAAGUGCCUAUCGAGCCACGAUGGCACCUGCAACUGUGCCCUAUCCGCGUGCAAUGGGAAGCGACUAUGACGGAACCGAUUCCGCCGCCGCCGCCUCGACUGACUGUCUCGACACCUCGGGGUAUCAGCACACCCAAACACCUUGAGCUGAGUGGUGCUGAGUUUGAUCCUGUCGAUACACCCAACACUCUGUCGCGCUAUAUGCCCUUCUCGCGCCCAGGAUUUGCUCUGGCCAAGCGUGCCACGCUGGAAGGUCUCCACGGCUUCUUCAAGGGCCAGGAGAAAGGAUCUGACGUGCCUUCCUCGCGCCACCCAAGCAAGCCACGUUCUUCGCCACAGCCACGAUGUGUGCCAGCUCCUCGCCUUUCUCAUGCCACCUCGUUACCGCAGCUGAGCAAGACGCCUAAGCGCCUACCUGAUGUGCCUGCCAUCCGCAUCGAGGCGUCUCCCGCACUCACGGGCUCCCAGCGCGUUCAUGAGCUGCAUCAGCACUUCCAGAACCGCAUAAAGCAGGACGACUCGACAGAGCUGCCUGCGACGCCCAAGCUCGAUGGCCUGCUUGUAUCGGACGAGAGUAACCAUGCGAGCUUGAUGGAAAGCCCGACGCUCCAACGUGCUCGUUCGCGCUCGCGCCUUACGGGCGCUGGACGGCUGCCUGACUUGGCAGCUUCUCACGAGAUACCACCUUCACGACCCCCUCUUGAUGACACUGUGAACCUCUGUCACGACGCGAUGCCCCGGCCACCGACGACGGACACACUUUUGGCUCCGCCUACGCGUAAGCUCCGGCGCUCGACACGGAGUCGACCGGACCUUGUGAGGCAUACAGCCGCACCGCGCGUGCUGAGCCAAGCGUCGCUAUCGGAUCGACGGCCUAUGCGCCCCAUCUCCCCCCACAACAAUGUUUUUAUGACCAUCUAA